AUGGUGGCGGUGGUGAGCGGGCAGGCUAAAUAUCCAUCUCAGACGAUAACACCUCCUUGGUUUUGUUCCUCCCCCUCCCCCUUUUGUUUCUUGCAGCUUGGAUUCUUUAGCACCACCUCUGCUCAGCCAGAACAGAAGGCCCCCAGUCUCAUCGGCACCUAUCACCAUGUUGACCGUGUCACUGGCCAGGUGCUAACCUGUGACAAGUGUCCGGCGGGAACCUAUGUAUCUGAGCACUGUACCAACACGAGCCUGCGUGUGUGCAGCAGCUGCCCAGCGGGGACCUUUACGAGGCAUGAGAACGGCAUAGAGAAAUGCCAUGACUGUAGUCAGCCAUGCCCGUGGCCGAUGGUUGAGAAAUUACCGUGUGCUGCCUUGACUGACCGGGAAUGCACUUGCCCACCUGGCAUGUUCCAGUUUAAUGGUACCUGCGCCCCCCACACGGUGUGUCCUGUGGGCUGGGGUGUGCGGAAGAAAGGGUCGGAGACCGAGGACGUGCGGUGUAAGCAGUGUGCUCGGGGAACCUUCUCUGAUGUGCCUUCUAGUGUGAUGAAAUGCAAAGCAUACACAGACUGUCUGAGUCAGAACCUGGUGGUGAUCAAGCCAGGCUCCAAGGAGGCAGACAACGUCUGUGGCACAGCCCCGACCUUCUCCAGUACAACCCCACCCUCCCCUGGCACAACCAUCUUUUCACGCCCUGAGCACAUGGAAUCACAUGAAGUCCCUUCCUCCACUUAUGUUCCCAAAGGCAUGAACUCAACAGAAUCCAACUCUUCUGCCUCUGUUAGACCAAAAGUACUGAGUGGCACCCUCGAAGGGACAGUCCCUGACAACGCAAGCUCAGCAAGGUGGGAAGGAGGUGUGAACAAGACCCUUCCAAACCUCCAGGUAGUCGACCACCAGCAAGGCUCCCACCACAGACACAUCCUGAAGCUGCUGCCACCCAUGGAGGCCACGGGGGGCGAGAAGUCCAGCACACCCAUCAAAGGCAUCAAGAGGGGCCAUCCCAGGCAGAACACGCACAAGCAUUUUGACAUCAAUGAGCAUCUGCCCUGGAUGAUUGUGCUUUUCCUGCUGCUGGUGCUUGUGGUGAUAGUGGUGUGCAGUAUCCGGAAAAGCUCAAGGACUCUAAAAAAGGGGCCCCGGCAGGAUCCCAGCGCCAUUGUGGAAAAGGCGGGGCUGAAGAAGUCUGUCACCCCAACCCAGAACCGGGAGAAGUGGAUCUACUACUGCAAUGGCCACGGCAUUGACAUCCUGAAGCUCGUGGCCGCGCAGGUGGGAAGCCAGUGGAAGGACAUCUACCAGUUCCUGUGCAACGCCAGCGAGCGGGAGGUGGCCGCCUUCUCCAACGGCUACAGCGCGGACCACGAGCGCGCGUACGCGGCGCUGCAGCACUGGACCGUGCGCGGCCCCGAGGCCAGCCUGGCGCAGCUCAUCAGCGCGCUGCGCCAGCACCGGCGCAACGACGUGGUGGAGAAGAUCCGGGGGCUCAUGGAGGACACCACGCAGCUGGAGACCGACAAACUGGCCCUCCCGAUGAGCCCCAGCCCGCUUAGCCCCAGCCCCAUCCCCAGCCCCAGCACGAAACUUGAGAAUUCCACUCUCCUGACCGUGGAGCCCUCUCCGCUGGAGAAGAGCAAGGGCUUCUUCGUGGACGAGUCCGAGCCCCUUCUUCGCUGUGACUCCACAUCCAGUGGCUCCUCCGCGCUCAGCAGGACGGGCUCCUUUAUUACCAAAGAAAAGAAGGACACGGUGUUGCGGCAGGUACGCCUGGACCCCUGUGACUUGCAGCCUAUUUUCGAUGACAUGCUCCACAUUCUGAAUCCUGAGGAGCUGCGGGUGAUUGAAGAGAUUCCUCAGGCCGAGGACAAGCUGGACCGGCUAUUUGAGAUUAUUGGAGUCAAGAGCCAGGAAGCCAGCCAGACCCUCCUAGACUCUGUUUAUAGCCACCUUCCUGACCUGUUGUAGAACGCGAGGGACACUGCACUCUGGAAGUUCCCCAUUGUAGUGUAGUGUCAGGGUGGCUUGUUUUUGUUUUUUAUUUUGUCUUUUGGUGUGUGUGCGUGUGUAUGUUUAACAGAGUAUAUGGCCAGUGUCUUCAGUUCUUUUUUUCUUGCUUUUCUUUUUUUUUAACCCUUCUGGGAAGUUAGUUUAUAAACCUUUUCAAGAUGUAACUGUUGCAAAAUACCCACCACUAUAAAGUUUUUUAGGUUCCGUAUUUUCUCUGUUUUGCCUUCUUUAUGUAUUUUCCAAGUUGUUCUGCGCACUUUAAAUUCACUUAACGUGCCACAAACGCGGCGGGCGCCGGGCUGUGAGCCGCUCCGGGCGCCGAAUGGCAUCGUGUGAAUUCUGUCAGCGGCCUUCGCGUCUCAACAGCCACAGCUGCUUUUUAAAUUCUUACUGUUGUUGUUUUUUACUAUUAUUUGUCAGUUAGGAAUUUCCUUAAGGGUUAAGGAAAUGUCAGACCCCGUCGCGUCGCUGUAACUCGGUCAGGCGUCGCGUCACCUUUUCCAUAUGCCUUGUUGUGUAGUUUGUACUCAUGGCCGAAGCUCGACCGCGCCGUGUGGUUGUCACCCGGACACCGUGCCGACCGCUUGUUUACUUGUGCGCCUCUCACACUGCUGCGCUCUGGGCUGGAGACGUGACGUCCUCAAGCCACCAGGACCUGCUAUUUAAGCGGCUUGACAGCUGGGCCUCCAAAGAACUUCAUAUUUUAGGGGGUGAGCUGUUCUGGAAGAGAUGGCUGCACUUCGGGAAGUCACAGCCGACUGCCAGUGGCACCGUUUCCAUAGGGAAUUUGCCCCGCUUUGCUUUCAAGAUGUCUUGUUUUUUAUCUACACGUAGUUGAUAGGUGCAGUCCGCCCUCGAUCGAGGCCUUGCUCUUGGUGGGGUCCCUACAUCAUUCAGUCACUUCAUUAAAAUGGCUGCAGCUGUAAGAACUCGUGUCCGAUGUGUUUGCAACUCUGCUCCCAUUUAUAAACAUGCUGUCCCGUGCUCAGCUGCCAGCUUCCCCCGCAAAGGGCGUGGACUCCCCUCGUGUGGGCUGGGUUUGUGGUAGUGGUGAGGGACCGAUAUCGGGAAAAUGCCUUCAAGUGUACUAAUUUAUUAAUAAAUAUUAGGUGUUUGUUA